GAAUCCUCCCCUAUGUAACAGAAUCAGUCUAGUUCCCUCCGAAUGGACUUCUCCUGAAUUGUCUCAACUGUGGACAAAUAUCCUUGAGCACAGUGUAUAAGAUAAGGCUAGAUCAAUAGCUGUACAUAAAUUUUUAAAAAAUUGUUCCACAAUUUAUGAAGCAUCAUUACAAAAAGAAUCUUAUAAUCAGCACAUUGACACACAUGUGCAAGGGUAUCACGGGGGAAUAAUGGAACUGACCAUCCAGGCCACAUUGGGGGGCUGAAAAGGCCUAGACUAAAAAGUAUGCUUUUGUCUACACUUUUAAGGGGGCCUGCAGAGACUGCACAUGGACUGGUCCCAGAAUUUCAUGCUACACCCGGCAUAUGUGCUAUACUAAAGGGGAAGUAUUAAUAUAAGUCCAUACUGAAAGGCUGUGGAAGAUACAUAAAAUUCCACAGAAAAUAUGUUUUUCUCACAACUGCAGGACAUGUAAUAAUGAUCAUUUUAAUUUUAUAUAAAAAAUUUGCGCAUUUCAUUUUAUUACAGGCAGUUUCAAUAAAUGCAACCUGUGGUAACCUGUGUGGAUUCUAAAGUGUUUCCAGGAACAGGAGUACGUACCGGAUGUAAGAGUCAUUUACAGCCAUAUUGGCUGCCAGCUAGAUCAAAUCUCUUUGAUUGUACAAUUCCAUCUGCUGUUUGGAUAGGAGCCCAGUAACUGUUUAUUUCCUUGGCAUCCCUUAUAUGGUCAUAAGCCCUUUCCUUCACCCACACCACUACCAUUGACAGUAACCCCGCCCAGUUCCUCUGCUGCUGUUUCCUUUUAUUUUCAAUGAAAUGAAACCUAACUGUACAGGUUGGCCAGCCAAUCAAGUUGAAGCUAUAUAUCAACUGAAAGCAGAGAAAGUGAACAAACACACAUGCCACACAUACUGGGAUGCCACUCUCCGCAGCACUUGUUAGCCAAAAGAUGAUAAAGAACUUUGGAGCCAUGCAGGCAAUGCCAGUGAACAUCAGAAUCCUGUACUUUGCCAAACACUGCGCUGAACCCUAUGUAGAGAUUGUCACGGUUACUGAGACAAAGCGAUGUCAGAGCGUAUGCAGCUCGGAGGAUGAGGAGCCGGAAGACCUCCUGCCAGUCCUGACGGACCACAGCGAGCUUCUGGAGGACAGCCACAUCCAGAGGCUUUGCAGUCACCUCCCGGCACGGACGCAGGGGUAUCCAUGGCGGCUGGUGUACAGCACAAUAAUGCAUGGGACAAGCCUGAAGACACUGUACAGGAACUUGGCACUAGUAGACAGUCCUGUGAUUCUGGUCAUUAAGGACAUGGACAAGCAGGUGUUUGGUGGUUUCUCCUCCCACCCCUUCAGAGUGAGUAACCGUUGCUACGGGACUGGGGAGACAUUUCUGUACAGCUUCAGCCCAGAGCUUAAGGUGUUCCACUGGAGCGGCGCAAACUCGUACUUUGUGAAAGGCCACAGAGAUUGCCUGCAGAUGGGAGGUGGAGGGGGUCUCUUUGGCCUGUGGCUGGAUGCUGACCUGAACCGUGGCUGCAGCUUAGCCUGUGACACCUUCCACAACCAGCCACUCUCCACAAAGCGGGACUUCAUGAUCCAGGACCUGGAGGUGUGGGCCUUCCACUGAACCAUCCUGGUUUUGCCAGGUUUUAUUUUCACCAGAGCACUAAACUGAACACAGGGGCCCUGUCAGAAGGAAAUUCAAAAGCGCUUAACACAUGGCGCGCAGGAAACAGUAAUGUUCAAAAACUACACUUCAGAAUGCGAACCAGGCCAACCUAAAUUUUAUGCUGUAGGAAUGAGUUUUUUAUUCAGUCACUGUUAUCUCUGUUAAAAUUGAUUUGUUUAACUUGCGUUUUUGAGGAGAAGUACUUUUAUCAGGCUUACAGAUCGGGUUUGAUACCCCAGGACUGGUAUCUGUGGCCCUCAUCCAUUUCCCUUAUGAACUACUCCUCAGUUCUGCCUUCAUUCCUGGUGCUGCAGAUCUCAUUUAACAUGGGAAGAAAUGUUUACAUGAACUAUAUAAGCCUUUGGAAACAACUGUCUGGAUUUCAAUUAGCAGACAAGAAGGUGGGCCCAAAUGGGUCACUCAUAUUUCAAAGGAGGUUGUAACGUAUAUUCAGUGUAUGUCAUGUCUUUGUCAAGGACCAAAUUUUGUUAUACAGAAAUAAUGCUUCAUUCUUUGUUCUUCACAUCGGUUAAUCUUUGCAUUAUUUUUAAAUGAGUUUUUGUUUGUUUUUUAUUGAAAUGUGCUGCCAUAAAUGCUUUGGUUGUGGUUGUUUUAUGUAUUGUCUGCCUGUGUGCUUGUUGUCCUAAUGCCUGUUUUCUCACAGUGCUGUUUUUUAAUUGUAUUUUUUUUACCAAUUUAUGGAAGUUUUGUGGGAUUCAUUUUGACUGACAUUCAUGUUGAUCUGAUGUCAUCCUGUAGUCCUCCUCUUUCCCUCUCUUAUCCUGAUCUAAGCCCAACAAGCACAAGGCAGUGACUACUGAGUGUGUCUGUAUGUCUGUAUCUUCAGGGGCAGCUAGGGUAAUUCUCUGAAAAGAAAACCAGGUGCUUAACUAUGUAAUACAAUAACUACCAAUACUGUAUGUCUAAUUUGAGUGUCAUGUUCACUAGACAGUGUCGAUGAAUGUUUAAAAUGAAAACCCAGGGAGUGUGUUUAACAGGCUGCACCCAACACAGAAAGUUGUUUAUUGCCUGACGCCAUUUUUCUGUGCUCAGUGAACUAGAACGGUCCAAGAAUGUUGUGAGAAAAUCUCUGCCAUGCUCUACUAUUGGAGCAUGGGAGAGUUCACAACUGAUAAAAAAAGAUAAAGUACGCAAUCAAAGAGGAAUGGUGGGUGCCUUUCAAUUUCUGACUGCGUGACAGCAGGACAAAUUAUCUCCCAGUCCUGAAGUGUCCUCAUAUUGUAUUCCUUGUGAUGAUCUCCUGCCAGCACACAGCUAGCCUGGAAAGCACUGAUGAGCCAAUCUCAUACUGGUGGAAGGCAACAGGUAAGAGUUGUCAAUGUGUUGGGAGUGAAAAGUGAUUGAAAAUGGUAUACUAAUGCAAUGGCUGUUUUUGACAAUGGAACUCAUGCACUGAAACAAUCUGUUAUUUCAUAGAAUGUUGUUUUGCUAAGCUCACGGCAAAUAAAACAUUUUUUUUAAAAUGAUUUUUAAGUGUAUGUUUUAAAAUCGCAAAUCACUGAUCUGCUAACAAUUCAACUGUAAUUGAAUUGUUAUUCAACUCUUAUUGCCUAAUAAAGUUUGAAUAUGCUAAAAAAAAAAUGAACUCCAUUAAAACGAUUGGUUCUAACUACAGGUUUCUGUCACGGAACACAAACUUCCACUUUCUGCACAAGUGGAUGUGCAGGUUAGUUGCUGUUCAGUUAUUCACGUUCCAGGAAAUUUGCAAUUAGACCUGGUGUGGGAAUGCAGAAAUACUUCCCCACAACCUGCCUUUGUUUGGCCAGUUAAACCAGCUCAAUAUUUAUUGUAAUCUUAUGGGUGUGAGACUGAAAGUCUGUGGGAAAUUCUGAUUUUUGGCAAGAGACCUUCUUAAUGACAGUUUGAAUAGAAUUUAAAUUGUGUUUUGAAAACAGGACUUUAAAGUCAUGGCUGAUUUUAUUUCUUUAUGUACAGUUUAAUCUGAUAAACUC